CAUGACGCGGCGUCAGCCUCAGCCAAUAGGAAAGAGCCUCAUUGACUCUACGUAUUACGUAGCUUGCUACUAGCCUGCUAGCUGAUUUGCUAACAAGAAAGAAGAUGGAUUCUCCCAUACUGGAACCGUCCUUGUACACGGUCAAAGCAGUUCUGAUCCUGGACAAUGAUGGAGACAGGCUCUAUGCCAAGUAUUAUGAUGAUACAUACCCGACAGUGAAGGAGCAGAAGGCGUUUGAGAAGAACAUAUUCAACAAAACACACAGGACGGACAGUGAGAUAGCAUUACUCGAGGGCCUUACUGUUGUCUACAAGAGCAACAUAGACCUCUUCUUUUAUGUGAUCGGAAGUUCUCAUGAAAAUGAGCUUAUGCUUAUGGCUGUUCUAAACUGCCUUUUUGACUCGCUCAGUCAGAUGUUGAGAAAAAAUGUUGAGAGGAGGGCUUUGUUGGAGAAUAUGGAGGGACUCUUCCUGGCUGUGGAUGAAAUUGUAGAUGGAGGGGUGAUCCUGGAGAGUGACCCACAACAAGUUGUGCACCGAGUGGCUCUUAGAGGGGAUGAUGUGCCUUUGACAGAGCAGACAGUCACCCAGGUUCUUCAGUCUGCCAAAGAACAGAUCAAGUGGUCGCUUCUACGGUAGUCACUCCUGCACCAAUCUACCAGUGAGCCGCUGUACAGCCCAAUCUUUGUGGCACUGAUGCUCCUUUUCCUCUGAUUUCUGAUCCUUCAAACAAAGCUGUGAGGAGUACCACCGGCUGAUCCAGUCACACUCCCAGGACUACUGCGUCUUUCAAUUUUUUCUUUCAGUCUAUUGCGCACAGGCUUGACGUGCAUGACAAAAUUGACAUGAGGAUAAGAUAUGGUCUACAUUCCAUGACAAAGACGGGCCUGUUUGUUUUUCCAUUAUCUGGGUGUUUGUUAAAUCGGCGUACCUGUCUAUAAAAUAUUGAUAAACUUCAUCAUAGCCUUUGGCAACAUUCCAAGUGUCUCCUUGAACAAGAAUUUUAUCCCGUUUGACAGCACCCUGUUGUCUUACUGUACAAAGUAUUGAGCCACUCUUAUCAUUUAACUUACAUGAAUAUUGUGAUUAAAAAGUGUACAACUAGUACUGUAGUUCUCUGACCGCAGAGGUAUGUUUUGAACAUUUUCUGUCCGGGGAUAUUCCAUUCAUCAGAUACUUCUAAUAAAUGUUUGUUGACACUG